GCCGCACGCGGCCGCGUCGCCCGGGCUCCCGCCGGCGCUGGCGGAGCGGAGGUUGCGAGCGCGCGCCCGGAGCGGGGAGCCCCGCGGAGCCAUGGAGGGCGGGAGCGUGGAGGCGCUGCUCGCGCGGGCCGAGCGGGCCGAGGCGGAGAAGCUGCAGCGCAUCGCGGUGCACAAGGAGCUGGAGCUGGAGUUCGACCUGGGGAACCUGCUGGCCUCGGACCGGAACCCGCCGGCGCGGCUGCGGCGCGCGGGGCCGGCGCCCGAGGCCGAGCUGCAGGCCCUGGCGCGCGACAACACGCAGCUGCUGGUCAACCAGCUGUGGCAGCUGCCCACGGAGCGCGUGCAGGAGGCGCUGGUGGCGCGGCUGCCCGAGCCCCGCACCCGCCUGCCGCGCGAGAAGCCGGCGCCCCGGCCGCGGCCGCCGACGCGCUGGCAGCAGUUCGCGCGCCUCAAGGGCAUCCGCCCCAGGAAGAAGCCCAGUCUGGUGUGGGACGAGGCGAGCGGCCAGUGGCGACGCCGCUGGGGCUACCGGCGCGCCCGCGACGACACCAAGGAAUGGCUGAUCGAGGUGCCCGGCGGCGCCGACCCCUUGGAGGACCAGUUCGCCAAGCGCGUCCAGGCCAAGAGGGAGCGGGUGGCCCGGAACGAGCUGAACCGGCUGCGCAACCUGGCGCGCGCGCACAAGGCGCAGCUGCCCAGCGCGGCCGGCCUGCGCCCCGCGGGCCACCAGGGCCGGGAGGAGCUGGCCCGCGCCGCGCACGUGGCCCGGCUCUCCACCGCCUCCGCCGGCCGCUUCCAGGCGCGCUUACCCAAGGAGAAGGCGCCCCGAGGCUCCGGCAGCAGGAGGAAGUUUCGGCCCCUCUUCGGGGACUUCGCAGCCGAGAAGAAGAGCCAGUUGGAGCUGCUGCGUGUGAUGAACAGCGGAAAGCCGCGGCUGGACGUGACGAGAGCCACCAACAAGCAGAUGAGGGAGGAGGACCAGGAGGCGGCGGCCCAGAGGAGGAAGGGGGCCCCGAAGGGUGCGGGCGGCCCGCGGAAGGGGGCCCCUCCCGGCCAGGGAGGGAAGAGGAAAGGGGGCUUGGGAGGCAAGGCGAAUUCCGGGCCGCCUCGCCUGGGCGGCAAGAAGAGAGGAGGACCCCACCGAGGAGGAAAGAGAAGGAAGUAAUUUCACCCCGACCCGCUUGUAGACAGAGAACUGUACUAAAUGUUGCCUUCGGGGGGUGGGGGGUGGGGGGUGGGGGGGUCAAAGCGGCUUCUGCUGCCUUCAUUGAGCCUGAGAUUGAAGUAACAGGCUGCCCUCCCCCCGAGACAUAUGUAAAUGUUGGACCUUCCAAAUUAGUGUUUUUCCCACAACCGAGAAUUUGGCCGUAGGUUAAAGGAUGUGUUUAAGGACAUAAGAAUCAGGGAAAGGAUUUGGUGGAAAGUGGGAAUGAGUUCUAUUUUUUAAAACACGUCUUUUUUCUUUUUAGCUUUGAAUAUGGUAAGAGGGAGAGUUGGUCAUACUGCAGACUUAUAAUGUCUGCAUUAUUUUUAUGACAAAUGUACCAAAGCGGGGGGGGGAGGUGUCAGAAAUUACAUUUUCAAAACUGGACUUACAAGUAACUGUUAUGAAAGUUAUUUAAUACAAAGUGUCUGUAUCUAAUGUUGCUUUUGAUUUUUGGCUGUUGGUAGAAAUCCUAAGUAAAACCAGGGGAUACGUGGUUCAGAUUCUUUUCAUUUACUUUCUAAAAAACAUAAAGCAGUUAAUUUAUGAUGAUUUCAGUGAGGCUUCUUAAGGAAACUCAUAACUUCUUUUGGUAUCAGGUAUAAUACUGAAAGUGUAGUAAAACUGAUGUCUCUUUGAAAAAGUUAUUUUUUUUAUACUGUGAAAACAUUGCUGUAAGUUACAAAUUUGGGCUUCACUAAAUAAUAGUGAUAAUCCUCAUUAAUCCAGAAAAUACUUAAAUCCUCUUCAACAUUUAUGUCCCCAAUUUUGUUUUAACUUCAGUGGGGUCUGUUUUGAGAAGAGCUAAAGAAACCAGAUCUGUAACUCGAACACUGUUGUAUUUGAUUCAUUUGUCAAGCUGACCUGAACGGGUUUGAGUAGGAGGUUAAAUGUUGAUAAGCUGUUAGGCGUCUCUCCCUAAGCUCAGUAACUUGUCUUUGUGAAAAUAAGUAUCUUCUUUAAAGGAUUCAUAACAAGUCUAGAUUCCAGAAGGGCCUUUGUGCUGCUGUACAGCCCCAUGAGCCACUCUUACUCUGUUCUGGUCUGAUAAUUGAUAGGAAAUUAAAGCUGGGAGUUCACAUUUUGUCUUUUUUUUUUUUUCAGUAUUGUCUCAUUUUUAUAAGUUGCCUUUAGAAAUUGUUAUGGAAAAAGAGAUUCAAAUUUCAUAAUACAUUACUAAAAACACAGA